AUGGCACCGUCUGCCGUUGAAGCCACCGGGCCGGAGACCACUUCUAUCAUGGCGAAGACUGGAUCGAAGGAAAAUUCCUCAGAGAACAAGGGAAAAACUCCAUUGCAGAUGAUCUCGCAAGGAACUUGCCUGCCUGGCAUUCCCACUUUCGUUUCCUUCCAAAGUCACCGAACGUGGAUCUUGGAGCACAUGGCCAUUGCGUUUCGAGUGUUUGCCCGGAAAAAUUACACCGAGGGCAUGAGUGGGCACAUUUCAGUGAGAGAUCCAGAGAACAAGCACCUCUUUUGGACCAACCCGCUCGGGAAGCACUUUGGCUUGUUGAAAGCAAGUGACAUGAUCCUGGUGAACUACCAAGGAGAAGCUGUCGGUGGCAACACCAGCAGACCCGCCAACGCUGCUGGCUUCUUGAUCCACUCAGCUUUGCAUAAAGCUAGACCAGACGUUGACGCAGCUUGUCAUACGCACAGUCCGGCCGGGAAGGCAUGGUCGACCUUUGCGAGACCUCUAGAGAUGAUCAACCAAGACGUUUGUUACUUCUAUAAAGAAGCUCAGGCAGUAUACAAAGAAUUUGGUGGCAUCGUUUUCACUGAAGAAGAAGGUGAAAGGUUAGCCAGCGCCCUUGGACCAAAUGGCAAAGGUCUUAUCUUGAGAAACCAUGGCAUACUUACCGUGGGCUCCACUGUUGACGAGGCUGCUUACCUGUACACACUAAUGGAAAGAAGCUGCGAGGUACAGCUCAAGGUCGAGGCAGCCGCUGCGAAUGGGGUGCCAAAGACUUACGUGCCAGAUGAGGCCGCGAAGUACACGUAUGAGAAUGGUAGUGAUGCGGAAACGCUGUAUUGGGAGUUCCAGCCUGAUUUGGAGUAUGAAGAAGCCAUGUGCGGAGAAGCGCAUAAGCUUUGA